AUGAAGUAUAUUGGACAUAGGGAAAUAGCCGAUGAAACUGAUAUAAAUAAAUUGCCAACUGACGAGCAAAUUGCUUUUGAUGAUAAUAAAGUUCCGGAUGGUAUUAAAACAGCUGUUGUUGAAGAAGCAAGAGACGAUAAAAAAAUUUGCAAGAACAAUCCUUUUGUUCCCUAUCCACAUGUUAAAUAUUCUAUUCGGAGAACAAGUAAUCUAGAAGAAGAAGAAAUUAAGGUUGAUGUUAGAAAAGUAAAAAAAGUCACUUUGGAUUUAGUUCAUGAUUUACUAGAUGAUAUUGCUAACAAAACUUCCGCAAAUGACUUGCCUGAAAACUAUGUUGAUUUUGAUACGGAUAUUGACAACUUACCUGAGGAUGAUACUUUACCAACUAAUUACAAAAAAUCUGAUGUAAUAAACGUUUAUAAUAGGUACCGGCAAUGGCUACUAGAUAACGAGUUCGUGCAAGGUUUUCUUCAAGCAGGAAAUGCGGCUGCCAUUUUUGCUAACGAUCAAAGUAACCGAAACAGAGCGGAAGAAAUUGAUAUUAGUGGUAUCGAGGGAAUUACUGCUAGUUAUGAUGGCAAAGAUGAUUGGAGACCAUUGGUUAUUACUAAAAGCCAGGCCGCUGAACAAAUGAUUACCACUUAUGGUUCUCAUAACCAAUCCAAUGAUACUAACCUUGACGCUUUAACAGUUGAUAAACUAGAGUUGGAUAAGGUAAACGAAAUAUUAGAAAAUAUAAAUAAAGCUCAGAAAUUAAGUGACUUACCUUCUGAUAUUGAUACAAAGUAUGAUGAAGGCAAAGUGCCUGAUAGUAAAAAAUGUGACUUAGUUAAAGGAAUUUGCGCUAGCAAAAGGGUCCAAUUAAACCAAGACGCAGUCAACAAACAAGCCCGCAUCACUGCUAUUCAAGCCGGUUUUGAUAAUUUAAAAGAAACCGCCAUUAAUGUUGAGGAAAAUCGUCUCAAAAGUUUAAUUAGUCAAGCCAAAGUCCAACCUGAUAUUACGGCUAUUGAAGCGGAAUUAAAUAAAAAUCCAGUUAUUUCCGCUAGUGAAUUGGAAAACUCAGACUAUAAGGCAGAAAUGAUUAAUUUAGUUACUGUUGAUACCAAACGAGCCACUCGCAAGCAAGCAAUAAUUGCCGAAAUUAGCCAAAUUAGAGAGGGCAAACAAGAGAAAGUUCGCCAAAUAAUCACGCAGGCACAAAAUAUUCUCAAUAAAGACGGAGCAACCAAAGAGGAAAUAGAAACUGCUAUUAAUGACUUGAGAAUUCUAAUUAAUGCUCCGGCGGAUAAGAAAUUGCUUCCGGAGCCGGAAAAAGAGGAACCUCAAAAAGGUCCCGAAAUUCCUAAGGAGGAAGAAGUGAUGAAAGAUACUGAUGUUCCGUUACCUGUCUCCGACCGACCAUUAACUCCGCAACAAGAGGCAGUUUUUGUUGAAAAAGAAUUGAAAGAACACCAAAAAGCUUGUUCGUUAAAAGCCGACCCCGAGAAAGUUAAAAAAGCUGAAACUGCUGAAAAACAGGCGAUUGCUGACUUGAUGUAUCACGAAAAGCAUGAAUGUAGUAAUGAGUUAACUAAACCUAAAAUUGCUAUUUACUUUUCUCCUAACCAGGGUGGAAAUGAACAUGCUCCACUAAGUUAUGCCGAAGGUGUUGACAAAAAUGAACUAAUGUUAGAAAAAGUUUAUGAUGAAGAAGUUUCCCAAGAACAAGUAAAUCCAGUUGAUAAAUCCAGUGAUUUAACUCCAUGGCUAAUUGGUGGUAGUGUCUUUUUGGUCGGCGGAUUGCUAUUAGCCUGA